CUCCUCCAUUUCUCCUGAAGCUCAAGCCAACUGCUGUCUGCUGAGGGAGAGUGAUCGAUCCAGUGCCUUGCGAAGCUGCCGGCGACAGAGAUGUUUCUGCGAGCGAUCGGGCGGCCGCUGAUGGCCAAGGUGAAGCAGACGACGGGGAUCGUGGGGCUGGACGUGGUCCCGAACGCGAGGGAGGUGCUGAUCGAGCUCUACGGCAAAACCCUAAAGGAGAUCCAGGCGGUCCCCGAGGACGAGGGCUACCGGAAGGCGGUGGAGAGCUUCACGCGGCACCGGUUGAAGGUGUGCAAGGAGGAGGAGGACUGGGAGACGAUCGAGAAGCGGCUGGGGUGCGGCCAGGUGGAGGAGCUCAUCGAGGAGGCGCGCGACGAGCUCACCCUCAUCUCCAAAAUGAUCGAAUGGGAUCCAUGGGGUGUCCCUGACGACUAUGAGUGUGAGGUUAUUGAGAAUGAUGCUCCUAUUCCGAAGCAUGUCCCCCAACACCGACCAGGGCCACUGCCGGAGGAGUUCUACAAGACGCUGGAGGCUAUUCGCAUAGGCCAGAAGGAAAGUAAGCCGGAAGUGACCUCUGGCGAAUCUCAGUUGAAGGCAUGACACUCCACUGGCGCUUGAUAUCUGACCGAGUUGCAAAGGCUGAAUGUGAUUUCCAUAUUCUCUUUGAUGUGCGAUUCUGUAAUAAGCCCUUCUUCUAGAUGCACUAGUUCGCAUUGCGGGACUCAUUUUGAAGCAUUCAGCAUGUAAUCUCAAGUUUUUUUCUAUUUAUUUCUGUGCCAUGGGAGGGAUCUAAGCUCUGUUUCAUACUCAAUGAAAAAUGAGAUUUUCGUAA